AUGGCGCAACCUUGUUUGCCAGACGACAUAAUAAGUACAAAUAUACUCCCGCGCUUGAGUAUAAAAUCUGUCACACGAUUCCGCUCCGUUUGCAAGUCAUGGAACUCUCUGAUUCUGGAGCCAGGUUUUGCAAAAGAUCAUCUCUAUUUCACCACUCAAAACCCUCAAGACGACACUCUCAUAUUUAACAAGUUAGUCCUUGACUAUAAUAAAUUUGGUUGCAUGACUGGUGCUCACUACGGUGAUAUAGCUGUACUAUCUUCAUCCGAUUUGUCGGAAACUAAGCUGUUGGAUGUCACAAGUGCUGAGCUACACAUGCUUGGUUCAAUAAAUGGUUUAGUCUGUCUUUUUCUUGAUAAACAAGAUCAGUUUAUCGUAUGGAACCCUGCUAUUAGACAAGCUAUGAAAUUCGGUUCACCAAGAAAACAAUUUUCGUUACGUGAUAUGAAAAUAAAAUUUUAUGGAUUUUGUUGGGAUGCUGUGGAAAACGAUUUUAAAGUGGUGGUAUCUUAUUACAAGUUGGGGAAUCUUGACUCCUUGUCCAUUUACUCGUGCAAAUUAGGCUCUUGGAGUUCACCGUUUAAUUCUCUGUUUACUGAAGUCUGGUCGGAUGGUCACAGAUUGCCAUGUGCUAUUGUAAGUGGAGUGCCGUAUUGGACAUAUUCUUGGUAUUCUAGGGGAACCGUUAAGCUGUUUAAGUUUGACGUUGUUAGUAAGGAUUUUAAGAAGGUGCCUGAACUUUAUCUAUUCGACGAAAAUAAGUUCAUUGUUGUCAAUCUAAAAGAGUGUCUCUCUGCAUUGGUGUAUGAUUACGCUCAGUCUAUUAGUAGUUUGGUAGACGUACAUUGUUUUGAUGAGGGACUAGGUGUUUGGAGUAAGAUGUACAGUGUUGGACCAAUAAAUGGUGAUCUGUUCUGUCGCGGUUGGAGUAAUAUGCACAAUGUCCGUGUAAUUACUGGUGAAUUGUUGGGCUGUUUUAAGCACGGUGGUGAGAUUGUGUUCUCUGCAAACAGUAAGUACAGGUGCUACGAUCACAAAACAGAUGAAACCAGGGAUCUUCACAAACCGAAGGGGGAUACAGAGCAGUGCUUUAGCUAUAUAGCAAGCCUGUUUUUUCUUGAAGGAAUGAAGCCUCAGCAUCAGGUAGAGCCUACAUUGUGGAAGUAA